GGUUCCGGUUAUGGUCACGCUAGAUCCGAUCUUGGUUUUACUAUAUGUAAAAAAUUCUGGAGCAUAAAUACAGAAGAAAUCUUUGUUUAUUGUUUUGCAGAGUACAACCAGGAAUCUUAAGUCUGCCACCUGUUGAACACUAUUCCAUCAAAUCAUCAUGGACAAAUUACGCCGUGUUCUGAGUGGAGAUGAGCCCACUCCGGAAGAGGAGAGCAGUAUCAUUACACAGAUUAACGAGAUGUCAACUUUAAGUUGGUCCACCCGGAUCAAGGGAUUUAUCAUCUGCUUCGUCUUGGGCAUUUUACUAUCCCUACUUGGUUCGGUUGCCCUAUUUUUGCACAGGGGAAUUGUGGUCUUUGCGGUCUUCUACACCCUAGGAAAUAUCAUCUCUAUGGCCAGUACUUGUUUCCUAAUGGGGCCCUUCAAGCAGAUCAAGAAAAUGUUUGCGGAUACCCGGCUGAUAGCCACCAUCGUAGUGCUCGUGAUGAUGGUCCUGACGUUCAUAGCAGCCAUUGUGUGGAAAAAAGCUGGACUCACGCUUAUAUUCAUUAUCAUACAAUCUCUGGCCAUGACCUGGUACUCACUGUCGUACAUCCCCUAUGCACGGGAUGCAGUAAAAAAGACCGUGUCCACAUUCUUGGAGGUCUAGAAUAGAUCGCGUCUCUGUACAUAACUCGAGAAAAGCUUGAUUGGUUUGUAAUUUAAGCUAUGACAAUUAAAUCAAUUGUAUUAAUCUAACACUAGAA